AGAGAAAGAGAGACAAUGGGAUAAGAUACUAAGAUGAGGUACCAUUCAUUCUUAAGAAGCCCAAAAAAGGAGGAGCAGCAGGUGCCGGACAGUGUUAAUUCUUAUGAGGAAUUCUCUGACACUAUCAAAGAUGGUUAUGCCAAUGGAGAGGUUGAUAUCAUGGACGACUUGGAGCGCAUUUGGGGGAUCGAAGAUGGAGAUGAAGACGAUGAGAAGCUACCGAAGGGUCACAACAUGUUUGCUGGUCAGGAUCUUAAUUGGGACUUCAUGAAUUGGGAUGAGUUUCCUAAUGGUGAAGAAGGGGAUGGGGAGGUAGAGAAUGAGGUGUUUGGUGAUUCAGAGAGGUGCUUGUUCGAAGAGGAAAGCUAUUGUAAGAAGGUUGUGAAGAAAGAGUAUGGUACUGUUGGGUUCUGUGAUGAUGAUGAGGAUAUGAAGAAGGUCCAGCUGAAUUUGAACUUGAAUUAUCAAGAGGUAUUGGAUGCUUGGUCUGAUCGUGGUUCUCUUUGGGCUGUGGAUUGUUCAUCGCAUUCUUCCAUGGCUGCUAGCAAUGGCAAUUAUAUGGGGGAGGUGCCAGUAAUGGAAGAAGAGAAAAAUACAAGAAGGGAGGCAAGUGUUCUGAGAUACAAAGAGAAACGCCAGUCUAGACUCUUCUCCAAGAAGAUAAGGUACCAAGUCCGCAAGCUCAAUGCAGAUAAAAGACCUAGACACAAGGGUCGAUUUGUGAAGAGAGUUUCCUGAAGGAUUGAUGAAAUAUCUCUACAACAAAUAUCUCAUCCAACCCGUCGACUUAACCUUUCCAGAAAAUAUCUUCCUCCUUAUCAUGUCUUUAUAAGACCCAAUGAUGGAAAAAAAUGUCUAUAUUUUUUCUUCUUCUGGAAGUACCUUGAUUAAUCGAGUCCCAAGGCUUCUGUAUCUGGGGUCUACUUAUCAUCAAGACAUGAUCAUCUUGGUCCCUUUGACAUGUUAUAGGAGUAAUUAUUUUGUAUAUCGAAACAUUGCGUUAAAAGGUUAAUGACGUAUUUGACAGAUUGUUUAUCUAA